AUGUCAUUCCUGAGCUACACCUCUAGUGCUACCCCGCACUGCCUGAAUUGCCUUGUCCAGCAGGUCCAUUCACUGAGGACCGAGAACCAGCAAUUCAAACAAACUUGCUCUUUCUACACGGAGGAACGUAAUGAAUCAAAUCGCCGUAUGGACGAAAUCAAUAAAGAGAAUCGCUAUCUUGAGGGCAAAAGGAACAUCGACGAGGCAAAGAUCCGCCACCUUGAGCAAGAAAACUGCAGACUUGAGGAAGAAGGUCGGCCAAUGACUUUCAUCGUUAAAAUGCAGAAGGAGGUGAUCGAACACCAGAAUGCAUAUAUUCAAGCUAUGAUAGCUGGCGGCAAUGGGACAACUGUCCAGGACCCCGAAGUCCCCUAUUUAGCUCCAGAACCUGUUCCAGAAAGCCCGACGCUAAGCACACAGCAACUAAUGGAUUUUGAUGAUACGCAAAAUAGGAGGCAAUACGAGAUAGAACCGUCGCCCAAGAGACACAAGAGAGAGACUUAA